ACAGAACCAUGCAGGUCUCGGUGAGAAAGUUGGCUCUGUAUCCUCUGGGUGUUGCCCGAUCCGGCCAAAUCAGGGGUGCUCUCCUGAACCCAGUACCCUGCCUCCUGUCCCCUAGCAGCCGCACCCUGUUCAGUGAAACAGGAGUGUGGGAGAAGGACUACCGGACGGACACCCGGCGCAGAGUGGAAGAAUGGUGGCACCCACGAAUCAUGGCACAGUGGCGCAAGGAUGCGCUGAAGGAGGGCUCCAACAGGAAGAAGUUUUAUGUCCUGUCCAUGUUUCCAUACCCAUCUGGGCGACUACACAUGGGCCACGUUCGAGUUUAUACCAUCAGUGACACCAUCGGCCACUUCCAGAGAAUGAGAGGACAUCAGGUGUUAAAUCCAAUGGGUUGGGAUGCUUUUGGACUCCCAGCAGAGAACGCAGCCAUUGAGAGAGGUCUCGACCCAGAGGACUGGACUAAAAGUAACAUACAGUCCAUGCGGGAGCAGCUGGACAACCUUGGCCUUUGCUUCAACUGGGACCGGGAAGUCACCACUUGUCUUCCCGACUACUACAGGUGGACACAGUAUCUGUUUAUUAAGCUCUUUGAAGCAGGACUGGCCUAUCAGAAAGAGGCUGUGGUGAACUGGGACCCUGUUGACCAGACAGUGCUGGCUGAUGAGCAAGUGGAUGAAAACGGUCGCUCCUGGAGGUCUGGCGCUCUGGUGGAGCAGAAGCUGCUCACACAAUGGUUCAUCAAGACCACAAACUAUGCCAAGCCUCUCCUGGAUGCUCUGGCCGACCUUCCAGAGUGGUACGGGGUCAAAGCCAUGCAGGCAAACUGGAUCGGAGAAUGCAGCGGCUGCUACUUCGAUUUCAAACUCAAGGUGAACGGGGAGGAGACGGGGGAGACUGUGUCGGGCUACUGCUCCUCCCCAGAGGCGGUGUUUGGAGCUGCUUACCUGGCCAUCCUGCCGUCCCACAGACUGCUGCAUGGUAGCAGCUCAGUGCGUUCUGCCCUGGAGAAAGCAUUUCAGCCAGGCAGAGACUCCCUGACAGAGGUCACCGCUUACAACCUGUUCACUGGCCAUGAGGUUCCUCUGGUUAUAUCACACAAAGAGGCGUUUGAUGACUACCUGGACACUGUGAUUGGUAUCCCAGACUGUAGUGAGGAGGAUCUGUCUGUGGCCACAGCUCUGAAUUUAAAGUGGACCACAGUUGUUAAAAGCCACGAAGAUGGGACACAAACUCUCAUCAACUCAGAUAAGUUCUCAGGCAUCACCAGAGAGCAGGCUUUUGACUCCAUUACCCAGAAGGCCAGAGAGCAGAAGGUUGGCGGCCACCUUACCAGCUCAAAGCUCAGGGAUUGGUUGAUAUCAAGACAGCGGUACUGGGGUACACCCAUCCCCGUGGUGCACUGUGGGUCCUGCGGUCCAGUUGCAGUCCCUGAGGAGGAGUUGCCGGUAACGCUGCCAAAGCUGCCGUCUCUCACAGGAAAGGGUGCGUCGCCUCUGGAGGCGGCUCACGACUGGGUAAACUGCACGUGUCCCAGAUGUAAAGGCCCAGCGAGGAGGGAGACGGACACCAUGGACACAUUUGUGGACUCAGCCUGGUAUUACUUUAGAUACACAGACCCUCAUAACAUAGACAGGCCUUUUGAGCGCCACGUAGCGGAUCACUGGCUGCCCGUGGACGUGUACAUCGGAGGAAAGGAGCACGCUGUCAUGCACUUGUACUAUGCUCGCUUCCUUUGUCACUUCUGCAAGGACCAGGGUCUCGUGGCACACAGGGAGCCUUUUCAGAAGCUGCUGGUCCAGGGUCUGAUCAAGGGCCAGACUUUCAAACUGGCAGACAGCGGCCAGUACCUAAAGAGACAAGAAAUAGACUUCACAGAUAAAGAGCCGGUGGCGUUGGGCGGUGGUCGUGUUGAGGUGACAUGGGAGAAGAUGAGCAAGUCUAAACACAACGGUCUGGACCCUCAAGAGGUAGUGCAGCAGUACGGCGUGGACACAGUUCGCCUCUACACCCUUUACGCAGCGCCGCCUGAACAGGACAUCCUCUGGAACGUCAAGACCGACGCUCUUCCUGGCGUUCUGCGAUGGCAGUCUCGGCUGUGGCAGCUGGUGACCAAGCUGAGAGGGGCUCGACAGCUCGGAGACAUCCCCAGCCCCUCCCUGCUGAGGAAGAAAGAGCUGGCAGAGACCAAGAAGAUCUGGGAGAACAAGAACUAUGCUAUUCAAGAGAUCACAUCUCACUUCACAGAGGACUUCCUUUUCAAUGCAGCCAUUUCUCGCUUGAUGGGUCUCACCAACACACUGAGUAGCGCAACAGUCAGGGUGGUGCAGCACAGUGUGGAGUUUGAGGAAGCUCUUGCUACGGUGGUUAUGAUGACGGCACCCAUGGCCCCUCACCUGGCCUCUGAACUUUGGGCAGGUCUUUGCCAGGUGAAAAAUCCCCUCAGCUCCCUCGUCCAGCAAGGAGGAGAUGUCCUGCAACAGCCCUGGCCGACUGUGGACCCUGAGUACAUGGAGGCCCCCGAAUUUGUGGAACUUUCUGUGCUGAUAAACAACAAGGCCUGCGGGACCGUAACGGUGCCUCUGCAGGUGUCCAAAGAUACGGAUCGGGUGCAGAAGCUGGUGCUGGAGAGCGAGCUCGGACAGAAGAUUCUUGGCGAGCGCAGCAUCAAGAGAGCCAUCCUCUCUCCCAGGACCGCCCUCAUCAAUUUUCUUGUUCAUGAGUGAUGUUCAGCUUCUGUAACUGUGACUCAGCAAGAAGACACAGACAGAAGAGGUGGACUUUUUUUAUGUCAUAAAUUAAGACAAACAGAAAGUUGGGGCAUAAAAGCCAUCCUAAAUAAUGUAAAUAUGUCUAAAGACAUUUUAUUUAAAUUAUCUUGUUUUUUUUAAUAAAAGACUCGAG